AUGACCGAUCAUUGCAACUCCAGAGCAGAGAAUGGCUCCAGCUCUGGUUUGAGUGACCUUUUCCUCCAACAAAGCAGGGCUUUGUUUGCUUCCAUCCACAUUCUCAUCUUCCUGCUAGGCAUGCCUGGAAAUGUCCUGCUGCUCCUGGUCCUGAUCCCAAACCUGAGGCGAACCAGUGUCAGCCAUGUGACCCGUCUGACUGGGCCCCUUCUGGUCAAUAUUGCUGUCCUGGACCUCAUCUUCUUUCUCUAUGAUGUCCCAGUGAUGUUGGGCAAUGUCAUCUUCAAGGACUGGCGCUUGGGGUACAUGGUAUGCAUCAGCCACCAUAGCUUGUCCCUCUGGAUCAUCUUUGCAGACUUCUACAGCAUGCUGGCGGUCUCAGUGCUGCGGUACGUGGCUGUGAUCCACCCCACUCGCACCCUGUCCAUCUCCCAGAAGCACAUUGCUUGGGCCUGCAUGUCCAUAUGGGUGCUGUGCUUCCUAUUCUCCAUCCCCUUGUGGAUGUACUACACUAUUGUUAAGGUUGGGGAAGAGACCUACUGUGUGAACCAAAUGACAAAGUGGCACAUGACUCUCUACUUCAGGCUUUUGGGUGGGGUGGCCUUCCUCCCACCCAUGCUACUGAUGAUCCUGUGCUAUUCCAAGAUCAUCUGUGCCCUGUGGGUAAGGAGGACUCUAGGCAUCCACACAGCCUCCAGCCUCCAAGUUAACAAGCGGGCCACCAUCAUAGCUUUGAUCACCGUGGUGGCCUUUGUGGUCAUGUGGAUCCCUUAUUGGCUGGUGAUUUUCCUCACCUGGGAGGAUGGGUUGCUGAGUACAGCCCCCAUGUACCUAGCAUCUAACCUGACCACCUUGCUGGCCUAUGCCAAUCGCUGCGUCAACCCCAUUGUCUGCUUCAGCCUCUCUAGCCAGUACCAAGCUGGGCUGAGGAAGCUCUUGAGGAGGCCUGGCUAG